CUUGCUUUGAUCUCAGGUGUUGGAAACCAGGACAGCCGAUGUAACUCCUCCCCCCACUCUGCGAUCUCCUCCUCCUCUCCGGAGCCAGCCCAGCCGCAGCAGCACAGGAGCUGCCGUGCCUCGUCUUUCACGGAGGAGAUACAGACAGCCGGAGUAAAAUCCAAACCCCGUACAGCCAUGGCAGACAACGCCGGCUUGGAAAACCACCGCAUCAAGAGCUUUAAAAAUAAGGGACGUGAUGUCGAGACUAUGAGAAGACAUCGAAACGAAGUGACAGUUGAGUUGAGAAAGAAUAAACGAGACGAGCAUUUACUGAAGAAGAGAAAUGUCCCACAGGAGGAGAGUCUGGAGGACUCUGAUGUCGACUCUGACUUCAAAGGACAAAAUGUUACACUUGAUGCAAUCCUACAGAAUGCAACCAGUGAUAAUGCAGUUAUACAGCUCAGUGCUGUACAGGCAGCCAGAAAACUGCUCUCCAGCGACAGAAACCCUCCCAUCGAUGACUUGAUAAAGUCCGGCAUCCUGCCUAUAUUAGUCAAAUGCCUGGAACGGGACGAUAAUCCCUCUCUUCAGUUUGAGGCAGCUUGGGCUCUGACUAACAUCGCCUCUGGGACGUCGGCACAGACUCAGGCUGUGGUUAAGUCCAAUGCGGUCCCCUUGUUCCUGCGGCUGCUCCACUCUCCUCACCAGAACGUGUGUGAACAGGCCGUUUGGGCUCUGGGAAACAUUAUCGGUGAUGGUCCACAGUGCAGGGAUUAUGUCAUUUCACUGGGCGUGGUCAAGCCCCUGCUCUCUUUCAUCAACCCGUCUAUCCCCAUCACCUUCCUCCGCAACGUCACCUGGGUCAUUGUUAACCUCUGCCGCAACAAGGAUCCGCCACCGCCCAUGGAGACUGUGCAAGAGAUUCUGCCGGCCCUCUGUGUGCUUAUAUAUCACACUGAUAUUAAUAUACUAGUAGACACAGUCUGGGCUCUGUCUUAUCUGACGGACGGAGGCAACGAGCAGAUCCAAAUGGUCAUUGAUUCUGGGGUCGUUCCAUUUCUUGUGCCUCUCCUCAGCCAUCAGGAGGUCAAAGUUCAGACAGCAGCUCUGAGGGCCGUCGGGAACAUCGUGACGGGAACAGACGAGCAGACACAGGUGGUUCUAAACUGUGAUGUUCUCUCGCACUUCCCCAACCUGCUCACCCACCCUAAAGAAAAGAUCAACAAGGAAGCAGUCUGGUUCUUGUCCAACAUUACAGCAGGGAACCAGCAGCAGGUCCAGGCUGUGAUCGAUGCUGGGUUAAUUCCUAUGGUCAUCCACCAACUGGCUAAGGGCGACUUUGGCACUCAGAAGGAGGCAGCAUGGGCCAUCAGCAACCUCACCAUCAGUGGGAGGAAAGACCAGGUGGAGUUCCUGGUGGAGCAGAACGUCAUCCCUCCGUUCUGCAGCCUGCUGUCGGUGAAAGACUCUCAGGUGGUGCAGGUCGUCCUGGACGGCCUGAAGAACAUCCUCAUCAUGGCUGGAGACGAAGCCAGCACCAUCACUGAGAUCAUAGAGGAGUGUGGAGGUUUGGAGAAAAUAGAAAAUUUGCAGCAGCAUGAGAACGAAGACAUCUACAAACUAGCCUUUGAGAUUAUUGAUCAGUACUUUUCAGGAGAUGAUAUUGACGAAGACCCUAGCUUGAUCCCUGAGACCACUCAAGGAGGAACCUUCAACUUUGAUCCAGCGUCCAACAUGCAAACAAAGGAGUUUAAUUUCUAAAAGCCGGAGGAUUUUUGGUUCCCAUCGCUGCAUGGGUACUCUGUAAUCAUUGCAUCCAUCUCCAACAAUCUGGCAAUCCGGUACUGAAGGAUUUUCAAAGCAUCACUUCGACAUGGAUCUCACCACUGAGAUGCUUUCUCCACCUCUGCACUGCGGGGUCGUUUUAUUUAUUUUUUUCCUUAAGUUUUUUUCUCCUUUUCUUCAAAGUGUCAUUCUUUUUGGAGCAGUGCGAUUCUUUUUUUUUUUGGAGUCCUGGUGAUCCGACAGGCGCCUCGGCAACCCGCGCGAGGACGGCUGUCGGUGCCGCCAGAGCUCCUGAGGAUCCGUCGAAGGUAAAAAAAGCAGAAGGAAGAAAAAGCCUUGGCAAGAUUUGUUUGCCAAUUGUCAAGUCUUCACUAAAGACAACACAAGCACAUUUACAAACACAAACAGGUGCGCACACACACACAGUUAUAUAUAAAUAUAUACAUAUAUGUAAACACACUUUUGACACUUAAGACUCGUGUGCUUAUUUCUGUUAGAAAUUAUAUCACACAUGGGGAAGAAAUACUGCUGUUUGUUGGGUUAUUUUUGUGCUCUCCCUCCCCUGGAUUGUCUUUUGGUGUACCCCCCCCCCCCCCCGACACACACUCGCACACAAAAACACUUGGUCACACUGAUUCCUAAAGGCCAGGCACACUCCUCUUUCACUCGUCUAAAGAUUUAAUCCCAGAGCUAAGCCAUGAUCACCCACAGACCCCCCACUGCCCUCCCAGGAGAGUCUUUGGGCAAAUCGGGGAAAAGAAAGGGCUCCAAGGCAAAAAGGAGAAGACUUCGUGGCAAACUCACUAACGGGGACUUCUGACUCAGACGUCACUUUUUUCCUGUACUGAAUUUAAGAAAAUAUCUAAAAUGUGAAGAAAUGCCAUUUUAUUAUUUUUUUUAACCACAUUCAGCUGCAAACUGUUUCUGAGUCAGAAGGUAGAUUUUGGUAUAAAUGGACGUGGAACCCUGUCACACAGGGAAUGGCAACAGAGACCUUAAGAGAAGAGGAAUAUCACUUUCUCCUGUGUGUUCCCACCUGGCUAUGUGAACAGAUUUUUUUGUUUUGUUUUUGAGACUCUCCUGUAAUGUGAAAACUCUGAAAGGGGGAGGAGCUUAACAAAAACGUAUGUUAAAGCGAAAAGUCCAGAAUUGCUCAUCUGACCAUAAGGUUGUGUUUUAUUUUUGUUUUAAUCCUCUCAGAACAAAUGUUUCAUGUCUCAGCUUUGUACGGUUGGGUCUGUUGGUUUUUACUUUAUUCAGUCUUAUGCACACGUCUGAGAGGCACGACAGUGUCUGCCUGCAGAAAGGGACCCACGGAGUGCAGGUCCUGAUCUUUUAUUGUACUUAACUACUUUUGAUGAAGAGGUCACAUGUCAUCACUCAAUUUGAAUAAUUGUACAAAACGUGAUGUGUAUCUCUCCUUGCCGUCUAAUGAGUAUAUGAAUAUAAAUAUAUGUAAACAUAAAGCCUGUACAAAGCUGCUGCAGCUGACAGUCAUUGUAUGAAUAACUGUCAAAGAUGGCAGGGGAUGUUUUUUUUUUGAGCAAUAUUUCUUUGUUUUGUUUGUUUUUGACUUGUAAUGACAUGCUGAUUGGAUCAGAAUAGGCUCUUAUUUAGUCCGUUCUGUUGUGGUGACGGUUUAUUUUUAUUUUUAAUGUACCGUCCCAUGUUCUGUUUUAUUUGGGUUUAAGGUGUCAAACUUUAAUCCCAACUCUUGUCCUGGUCUCAGAUUUUAUAAUCUGCUGAUUGGCUGCUAACUACUUAGUGGGGGUCAGAGCGGCGACGGGGGUGGUCACACCGGGGCUUUAAAUAAUGGGUGUGGCUGUAACAAGCGGCCAUGUUUUUUUGCUUUUGUUUGGGGGACUAGUUUAUAUUACUGAACAAAGCUAUAGAAGGGGUGUACAGUCAUGAACUAGCAGACUAGACCGAGCCACUUUAAAGAUUUACAAUUUUGUUGCCUUGUAUCUGCAUUUGAUACAAGCUUAUGUUUGCAAGAUUUUUACUUGCUAAUGAAAAGUUGUUUUAAAUAAAAUAGGAGAAAAGCAACAGACAGCAUUUUGGCCUCUGAUUGUUUGUAUCUUUUUAUAAAUUUUAGAUUGAAUUCUUCUCUUUAAGGUGGCUCAUUGAUGCGUUCAACUCGUGCAUAUUAAAGACAAUAAUGAGUUGAAAAAUCAUUGUGCCUUUUUGUGUUUUUCAUUUGAACUAAAGCUGAGUUUUACUGAAUUCAGAGCAACGGGAGAGUCUUCAGACAGAGAUCUGGCUGUGAGAACGGUCAGUGCUGCUCUCUGCUGUUGGAACAAUGGCUCCUUUUCCAAUCUCACCCACUGAACUUUGUAAUACACCAUUCCUUCCACUCAUUUCCCUCUUCAACACCACAAUUUCCAUUUAAGGGAUUUUGGUAUCCUCAUCUCGCCCUCAGGACAUCAUCUGUGUUUCUGACUAACCAAAAUAAACAUGCUGUUUUAGCUGUU